AUGCCCAACCUUUCCUCUAUCAACCUCGAAAUAAUCGUGGUUCAUCUUGCCGUUCAUCUUGGCUAUCAGCAGAAUGUUACUCGGAGCUACAGCAUUGACCUUCGCAGGCUGGAAGAUAAUAACGUAGCGCUGUUUGAAGGGAAGACGGCGGGCGCAGGGCAGAUCAUCUCCAGUGGAAGGGUCUUGAAUGGCGGGGGCAGUAUGAACAGUGCUACCGUCCUGUUCAUUCCUCGUUGGCUUAGCUCCGACACACGGUAUAUGUUUAUUGCAGCUUACUGGCAAAUAUCGUCCAGAACAAUUGACGGCGCCAUUUUCGCUCAGAAGUAG